AUGAAUGCCUAUGCUUACUUAAUAGUGACCAUCAAUCUUUUCAACUUUCUGUAUUCUCACCAAAUAACCCCAAUUAUUGGGGGUAAAUGUGAUACGAAUGCCUCGGAUGUACUCAUUGGUGGCAAAGAAACGCAGUUUUUUCUGAAAUGUGAACCUAAUUCCCAAUCUGAAAGUGGUAAAGGUGUGUGGGUGGUUAAAAGUAGAAUCGUAUCGGUAACGACAACAGCUGCUAAUAUGAUUUACACAAACCUACCUGCAAAAAUGAUACCACAGACGAGAUUUCCAUCGAAUGAAGCUCAACAGAAAUCUGAUAGCAGCAUUUGUGUGCAAGACAAAAAUGCACGAGAAGGUGAUUUGUGCUCAGUUUCACUAUUUUGCUUGCAACAAGACCAAAGGAAGGCAAUGAAUUACUUACAAUGUGAUCAGAGCACUAGCCGAUGGAAAAGAAAAUCGUGUCUCAAUGGGCAGAUUUUUAGUUUUGAACAUCAAACUUGCGUUAUUUUGAACACAAAUUUAAUUAAAGACAGUCGUUUUGGACCACGUUACCAAACGCAUUCUGUACCAAUUGGUAUUGUAUGUACAUUUAUGCAGUGCUCCCAUAUUGACCCUUGUCAACGGGGAACUUGUAAUAAUGGCACGACUUCAAUACCUCAUCCGCAUCUUACUAUUCCGUCAUAUUCGCACAGUCUACAACAACCAAAUCAUCAUCAACAGUCUCCUUUGUUAGUUAAUCAAGUACCCCUUGCGAUGUCCCACCAGCAAAUACCAUUCUUAAUAUCGAGUCGCAUGGAUCGAGCAUUCAAUCCAACUUCAUUUAAUCUGGGUUGUUCGAACGGUGCUUCCUCAGCUGGGUCUUGUAUCAAUAUGCGCUGUGCUCGAGGUUACGUUUGUUCACCUGGAAAUCAAUGCUGCCCAUCCAAUGAUUUCGUACCAAAUCUAGCUACUACUGCUAAUCCCAUAAAGAAUCCAUUCCUUUGUGUGGAUGGCACUCAAGCUGCGGGAGCAUGUAUUCUCGGCCAAUGUGGCUCACCAUUUACCUGCAUUAAAGGUUUGUGCUGCAACCGAACAGCUAACACACCACGAUGUCUUGAUGGUUCGCCAUCUGUUGGUGCUUGUUUAUUGGGCCAAUGUGGUGCAGGCUUCAUUUGUACUACUGGAAAUUUAUGCUGUCGUUCUCUAGUCUCAAAUGCUGUUCCUCAGCAAUGUCCUAAUGGUGGUAUAGCAGUUGGUGCUUGUAUCAAUGGUUUGUGCCCUACUGGUUAUGUCUGUAUAAACGAGCAGUGCUGCCCUCAGUCAGGCAAUUCAACAUUUCGCUGCUCGAAUUUAAACUAUGUUUUGGGUCCUUGCGUGGGUAAUCAGUGUCCAGAUGAUGGUUUCCAAUGUGACACUUCGAUUAAUUCUUGUUGCCCAAUCACGGAUCCAGUUGGACCUUGCAUUGAACCAGGCGACCAGUGUCCAGUAGGACAUAGGUGCUUCACUCAAGGUACUACUCCUCUUUGCUAUCGUGAAUGUGAUGGUCGAGGAACUAUAACUGGUCCCCAUGUUGGUGGAGUGUGUCCAGAUGGAACCACAUUAAUUUUUGGCUUUUGUUGUACUUUAAGGGCUCGUUUUUACAAUGCUCCAUCGACAUCUUUCCUUUCAAGUCGACAUCUUGACUUGUCUAGCAGUCGCUCAGCUAGUGUGGGUUUGUGCCCUGAUGGAAGUGGAGCUGUAAGUGCCUGCAUCGAUGGCGACUGUGGUUCUGGCUAUCAGUGCUACAAUAAUCUUUGUUGCCAUUUGCAUUAUGCCACUAUGAUGCUUCCGUUUUCCUCAACACCUAUUGGUACUUCAUGUGAGUUUACUCAGCAGUGUGCAAGCUCCAUGGAAGGUUUGUCAAUUUGUGAAUUAGGUAUCUGCAGAUGUUUGCCAGGUGCAUUUGCUAGUGGUAUUGGUUGUGAGAGAAAUACUUGUAAGUUCAUUUGGUUUAAUUUUAAUACUCUUUUUGGAACUUUCAAUUACAAAGUUUAAAA